AUGGCAGAAUCCAUACCCAUUCUACAACAAGCUGCCGUUGUGCAAAACCCAGGAAAAGAUGCAACGAUUGUUCUAAAAAAUGACGUGCCAGUCGGAAGUCCUGAACUAAAUGAAGUUCUCGUCAAAUUAACUUGCACCGGUCUAUGUCGCUCAGAACUCCGUGCCAUGUUAGGCUGGGGUGCAUACAACUCCAUCAUCGGCCACGAAGGAGUUGGAACCAUAGUGAAGACGGGACCCGAAGUCUCAGAAUCUCUUCUGGGCAAACGCGUCGGCGUCAAAUGGCUUUAUAGUGCAUGCAACGACUGCUUCGUCUGCAGACAAGGCGCCCCAAACUAUUGUCCAAAGCAGCAAAAUACAGGUCGCCAUGUUCCAGGAACAUUGCAGCAGUAUGUCGUUGCCGAUGCACGGUUCCUGACUUUGAUCCCGGAGGGUCUGGCUGAUGAAGUUGCGGCGCCAUUACUGUGCGCUGGACUUACGAUGGUUGGUGCUUUCGCAAAACUCGACAAUGACAUAUAUCCUGGUGACGUUGUUGUUAUUCUGGGGUCUGGAGGGGGUUUGGGCCAUAUUGGUGUGCAAAUUGCGAGGAGGAUAAAACACUUGCGGGUUAUUGCCGUUGAUACCGGGGAUGACAAGGAACUCCUAAGCAUGAAGGGCGGAGCAGAAAUAUUUGUCGAUUACAAGAAAGAAGAUGUGAUUGCUCGAGUGCUUAAGUUCACGGGAGGGGGCGCGCAUGCGGUGAUUGUUGUUCCUGGUACGGAGGAAGCAUUGAAGAUGGCACCGAACCUGGUGAGAAAUAUGGGUUUUGUUGUGAAUGUUGGAUUGCCGCCGAAUGAGUUGGACAUUCCUCUUUCGGCUACCCUCUGCACUGCUAGAGGUCUUACCUUUAUAGGGUCGUCCGUGGGCACUGAAGCUCAAUUGACCGACUUACUGCAAACAGCAGCAGCUGGCACGAUAGAGCCAUCAAUCGAGGUGUCUGAUUUCUCGGCUGUGCCCACUUUGAUACAGAAGCUGAGCGAAGAUGGUAUUACAGGAAGAGCAGUGGUCAAAUUGCCACAGUAA